UUAAUUGUUUAACAUGUUACUCAUUAAGCAGACGCAGAUCGACUUACAUUAGCGUAUGCAUACAUUUUCGUACUGGUCCCGCGCAGGUAUCAAACCAACAACCCUGGCGUUGUGUGCGUCAUGCUUUACCAACUGAGCUACACGAAACUAUUAUCACCUCAUGUAUCCUCAUCUAUUCGUAACGUACAUAUUCAUAUGUAGCUAUAGGUCUGCAUUAAACUAUUCUAACAGUAUAUAUUCAUAAUGUACAUAUUAACAUGUAGCUACACGUCUGCAUAGACGAAAGUAUUGGCUGUAAGAAGUCAGAGAAAACAUAUUUGCUCAUCUUUAAAUGAAUAAACAAUGUAGUGAAUAUUUUUCUAAACUGCGUUACCCAUUCCAGUCAGCUGACGGCGAUAUGCGACCUUCAGAUGUUGACGUCAUAUCUAGUGGACCAACACGACACCGGAAGCUGUUUCAACAACACGGAUACUGACUCAUUCAACCACCUCUUUAGCCUUGUAGCCAACAUACAACCGAAAACAAGCUCUUUCGACCAUUUUUGUGAAUGUUGGUCUCGGUGUUUUUAAACACAAUCCUCUUUAUUAUCUACUAUUUAACUUAAAGUAAUUUGCUUGUUAAAUGUACAAAUGUGUUGAUUAUACUGAGUCAAGCACUAAGCUUAUCGUUAAUGCUAGCUAGCCCGACCAUGAACUCACUGAACGACUACCCUCCUGUUAAAGAAGAGGAGGUCUGCUGGGCGGAGAAAGAAGCUCUGGGGCUGAACAUUGUCCUGAAAGAAGAGAAGGAUGUUACAGUAAAAGGAGAGGAAGAAGCUUUCAGAAUGAAAGAGGAGGAAGAGGAGGCCAUCAGUAUCACAUUGAAAGAAGAGAAGGAUGCUACAGUGAAAGAAGAGACAGAACAUUUUAGAGAGGAAGAGGGGAUAGAGGCUGUCACAGUGGAAGAAGAAGAGGGGAUAGAGGCUGUCACAGUGGAAGAAGAGGAAGUAGAAGUUUUCAUAAUGAAAAGGGAGGAAGAGGAGGCUGUCACCUUGAAAGAAGAAGAGGAGGAUGUUUUGGGAGAUGACGGAAAGGAAGAGGAGACUGAAGAUCUGAUUAACACCAGAGAGAGACCAGACUCUCACUCUGACAGCGGAAAGAGUCCUUCAGGGGAAACAGACCCAGAGACGCCCAAACCAGUGAGACGACACCACUGCUCCCAAUGUGAAAAGAGAUUUUCCAAAUCAGGGGACCUAAAACGGCAUGAGAGGACACACACAGGGGAGAAGCCUUUCCAAUGUUCCCAGUGUGGAAAGUGUUUUAACCGCUUAAGCAACCUGAAGGCGCAUGAGAGGACACACACACAUUAUUUCCAAUGUUCCCACUGUGGGAAGCGUUUUGCCUGCUUAAGCAGGCUGAAGAGGCAUGAGAGGACACACACAGGGGAAAAUCCUUUCCAAUGUUCCCAGUGUGGGAAGUGUUUUACCCGCUUAAAGUGCCUGACGACGCAUGAGAGGAUACACACAGGGGAAAAGCCUUUCCAAUGUUCCCAGUGUGGAAAGCAUUUUACCCACCAUUCAUGUCUGAAACAACAUGAGAGAAUACACACAGGGGAGAAGCCUUACCACUGCUUCCAGUGUGGAAAGAGUUUUAACCUGUUAGGGUCUCUGAAACGACAUGAGAGAACACACACAGGGGAGAAGCCUUACCACUGCUCGCAGUGUGGAAAGCGUUUUAACCAGAAAGUACACAUGAAAGCUCAUGAGAGAAUACACACAGGGGAGAAGCCUUACCACUGCUCCCAGUGUGGAAAGAGUUUUAGCUGGUUAAGUAACCUGAAAGUUCAUGAGAUAAUACACACAGGGGAGAAGCCUUUCCUGUGCUUCCAGUGUGGCAAGUGUUUUAACAAUUUAGGGGCCAUGAAACAACAUGAGAGAAUACACACAGGGGAGAAGCCUUACCACUGCUCCCAGUGUGGAAAGAGUUUUAGCUGGUUAAGGAACCUGAAAGUUCAUGAGAUAAUACACACAGGGGAGAAGCCUUUCCAGUGCUUCCAGUGUGGCAAGUGUUUUAACAAUUUAGGGGCCAUGAAACAACAUGAGAGAAUACACACAGGGGAGAAGCCUUACCACUGCUCCCAGUGUGGAAAGUGUUUCGACUGGUCAGGGGAUCUGAAAAAACAUGAGAGAUUACACACAGGGGAGAAGCUUUACCACUGUUCCCAAUGUGGAAAGAGUUUUAACCUGUUAGGGCCUCUGAAACGACAUGAGAGAACACACACAGGGGAGAAGCCUUACCACUGUUCGCAGUGUGGAAAGCGUUUUAACCAGAAAGGACACAUGAAAGCUCAUGAGAGAAUACACACAGGGGAGAAGCCUUACCACUGCUUCCAGUGUGGAAAGAGUUUUAACCUCUUAUGGGAGCUGAAACAACAUGAGAGAACACACACAGGGGAGAGGCCUUACCACUGCUCGCAGUGUGGAAAGAGUUUUAACCAGAAAGGACACAUGAAAGCUCACGAGAGAAUACACACAGGGGAGAAGCCUUACCACUGCUCACAGUGUGGAAAGAGUUUUAACCAGAAAGGACACAUGAAAGCUCACGAGAGAAUACACACAGGGGAGAAGCCUUUCCAGUGCUUCCAGUGUGGCAAGUGUUUUAACAAUUUAGGGGCCAUGAAACAACAUGAGAGAAUACACACAGGGGAGAAGCCUUACCACUGCUCCCAGUGUGGAAAGUGUUUCAACUGGUCAGGGGAUCUGAAAAAACAUGAGAGAUUACACACAGGGGAGAAGCUUUACCACUGUUCCCAAUGUGGAAAGGGUUGUAACUUAUUAUGGGAUCUGAAACAACAUGAGAGAACACACACAGGGGAGAGGCCUUACCACUGCUCACAGUGUGGAAAGAGUUUUAAACUGAAAGGACACCUGAAAGCUCACCAGAAAAUUCACACAGGGGAGAAUUCUUACCACUGCUCCCAGUGUGGAAAGUGUUUCAGCCGGUCAGGUGAUCUGAAGAAACAUGAGAGAAUACACACAGGGGAGAAGCCUAACCACUCCUCACAGGGUGCAAAGCUUUUGCCCAUUUAGGAAGCAUGAAAGAACACAUGAGUCUGCACACAGAGGAGAAGGCUUACAAAAGCUCAGACUGUGGGAAAACAUAUUAAUCAUAUUACUCCAACAUAUUACACUUAAAUGUCAUUAGAGAAUCUACACAAGACAGAGAAAUUAAUUCUCUUAGCGUGUAUAUUGAUAUUUCACAUCACAUUGACUUAACAUUCAUCAGAGAACAUACACAGUGCUCCCGUUGUCUUAUAUUGUUGACUGACAAUGUGUUUACCUGUUUUUACCAGAUGAAAUUGCUUCUUCCAAUUAUUGAUAAAUAUGUACCUGUUAAGAAACUGACUGUUAGAACUGUUAAGGCUCCAUGGAUUGAUGAGGAAUUUAAAAACUGUAUGUUUGAAAGAGUUGGGGCAAAAGGAGUGGCUAAUAAGUCUGGCUGCACAUCUGGCUGUUUUAUGCAAAU